AUGGAUUUGCGGCAGGUCUCAAGGCAAUCCCAGGCGGCACAGCUGCCGUUCUCCCUCGCCAUUUUGGGAGAACCUACAUCGACAAAUCUCAAAGCAUACGAAGAUUGGAUUGGUACGGAACAGGAUAUCCGCCCCGUUCCACGAGACAAUCUGCGUACGUCGGUGUGCGAGAAGGCCGGGAUGGACCUUUCUAUCGCUGCGAAAACAGCCCAUAUAACUUUCUUGUUCGCAUGGCUGCCCAGUACCUCUGGCAACGUGGCACCCUUUGGUAUUGACUGCAGUGUCUUAGCAGGUGGAUCCACGAUCUCUGGCACAAUCCAAGUUGAUGGCAUGGCUAUGAAGGAAGAUGCGAUGAUUAUGAGUGAGAUCAGUGACGAAGGAGCCCGCAAGGGCCGCAUGAUCAAACAGCUCCAGGAAAAAUGA